AUGCCCAACAAGCUCUCAGGCCUCCAGAAAGACGUCUUGAGCCUGUACCGCAGCUGCCUCCGUGCCACUCGCACCAAACCUGCAGGCACGCGGCCGAACUUUGCGGCAUUCGCUCGUCGUGAGUUUGAGAAGCACGUCAAGAUGGACAAGAAGGACUUUGGCACGAUCGAGUUCAUGCUGCGUAAGGGCAGGAGGCAGUUGGAGAUCUAUGAACAGCCCGGCGUCACGAACAUAGCUGGGUAA